GUUUGAUGAUGUGUGUGCCGAAUUAAAACAAACUGUUACCAACUUUUAAUCGGUAUAUGUAAUUUUUAUUUGAAAUAAUGUAACCGGCUACAACUAGUAAAUUUCAGGUCGAGCACCCCCGUAUUGCAAAUGGCUGCUGCCACCAUGUCGGCAACUAAAGAAGUUGUUUUGAAUGCAGCAAAACAGUUUCUGACAUUUGUCAAUCGAUCACCCUCGCCUUUUCAUGUUGUUGAAGAAUGUCGUGUGCGAUUAUUAUCAGCUGGCUUUAAAGAACUGCGUGAAACAGAACACUGGGUCAUUGAACCAAAGCACAAAUACUUCUUUACUCGUAACAAGUCAACUAUUAUCGCCUUUGCAGUGGGUGGACAGUACAAACCAGGCAAUGGCUUCAGUAUGGUUGGAGCUCAUACAGAUAGCCCAUGUUUAAAGGUGAAACCAAACUCCAGGAGAAUUAAGAAUGGUUUUCUCUCUGUUGGUAUAGAAUGUUAUGGUGGUGGUAUCUGGCAUACUUGGUUAGACAGAGAUUUAAAACUUGCAGGACGUGUUAUUGUUAAGAAUGGUGAAAAACUGGAGCAUCGACUUGUACAUAUUGACCGACCAAUCCUUUAUAUACCAAAUGUUGCUAUACAUUUACAUAGAAGUCACAAUGAAAACUUCUCUGUCAACAAAGAAACCAAUCUGUAA